CUCUUUAGUUUUUAGAGGUUAAUUUGUUUGUAAACAAAAUUUGUUUACCAAACACAAGCUAUAAUUUUUUGAAAUGGAAAAGAAUAUACUUUAUGAAAGAAAAAUAUAUGUAGAAGACUUUUUAGAUAUUUGUAGAAGUUGUUUGAGCAAGACAAAUACAAUUAUUAGAAUUGAGAAAGACAUUCUGGAUCUUUUGAAGAUAAUUCCUGAUUAUGAGAUUAACUUAGAUGAUGAUUUACCAAGCCAAAUAUGCAGAGACUGCAUAGCUAAACUAAAAGAUAUAUCUCUUUUUAUAAGGAUUGUAAAAAAUAAUGAUAGAUAUCUCAAAGAAAUUCUUAAAGAAAAUAAAGAUAAAAGCAAUAUUAAUCAAAACACACCCAUUCAUUAUUUAAAUGAAUAUUGCCAAAAUGACAAUUCUGAUGAUUGCCUGAUUGAGGUAACAGAUAAAUUGAAUAAUUCUGAAGAUGCACAACUGGAUAUACCUGGAUAUUUGAAUACAAAUGUUUGUGAUACUAAAAAGGAUAAGUCAUCGGAACAAACAAGUACCAAAGGUCCAUUGUUAAAGUGCAAUGAGUGUGAUAAAAAAUUUACUAAACAAUGUAAUUUAAAAUUACAUUUAAGGUCACACACUAAAGAGAAUCCACAUGAAUGUAAGAUUUGUCUUAAGAAAUUUCGGUAUGUCCAAAAUUUAAAAAGACAUGAAAAUGUAAAUCAUAAGGGUUCUAAACCUUUUGAAUGCGAAACUUGUGGAAAGAAAUUUGCAACACUUAUAAGAAAAACAGAACAUAUCAGAAUUCAUACAGGAGAACGACCUUAUGUCUGCAAUAUGUGUGGUUUAACUUUCAAAAAGUAUUCUACAUACUAUACGCAUGAAAAAAGACAUAAGAUCAAGAAUGGUUUGAUUCCAAAAAGUGACAUGAUUGCUAAGAAGUAUCCCAAAAAAAUUCCUGAUCCCUCUCAGCUACAAUGUCAAAUAUGCCAAAGAAUACUUUCUUCUAAACAAGCACUGUUUGUUCAUAAGAAAAAACAUUCUGGAGAAAAAUCAUUUUUAUGUACAGCAUGUGGAAAGAGCUUUGUAAGAAAAAGUCACUUAGAAGUGCAUUCUAGAAUACAUACAGUGUUAUUCCCAGUUACUUCCAAGAAAAAAUCAUCCAAUAAUGUAAAAAAAUAUGAGCUGGGUUUUGAAAUCUACAAAAUUGCAAGUACCAAUUAAACAAUGUUUAUCUUUGAUGGAAGAUAAAUGCUUUCAUAAAGCCAUAAGCUCUCUUAAAGAAUUUGGAGUAGAAUGGUCUGACAUAGCGAUUUGUAUGAGAAGAGACGAUAAACACAAUCAAAAAAUGGACGCGGUGUUCUUUCACCAAGAUAGAUUCGAACUUCUUGUGGAUGCUAGGGGCUUCAGACCCGAAGAUAUUAAAUGUAAGAUGACCCCAAAUUUGAUAGAAAUUAUAGGUCAAAGACACGAAUCCUCCACUGCCGGAAGUAAGAAUAUGUCUUUAGCAAGAAAUUAUCAACUACCACAAGCAGUCAAACCAGAAGAAGGAAAUUGUUGUUUUUCCGCCGAAGGAGUUUUAUUAGUAACGGCUCCUUGGCGAGGAUGAUGUUUCUUCUGUAAUACCUUUUUCAUGUACAUUUCUCUACGGUUACAUAUUAAAAUUAAAAAGCAUUCCAAAAACGUACUAAUAUUUA